CCCACAGUAGGCCCAUUCAUAUCAGCCAUUAAAAAAAAGUUACUUUCAGUUUUUGUACGAGCAGUCUGGUAUGAAGACUGCUUCCUACCUCUGUUUUUUACUGGAAUAAUUUUUUUCCCGUCUUUGUGUUCAACUGCGGGAAUUCAAGCUCGAGGACUGAAGCACGCGACACGUAAAUUGCAGCUUCUGCGCAUACGCGGAACAGAGAAAGGGAAGGGAAAGAGUUGCGCUCACUUAAUAUAAAGUCGGGGGAAGUUUUCUUCGCGAUUAAAAAAAAGAAGAAAGGAAAAGAAAAAAGGACAGUGGUCUUGUCUUUCAUACCACAGCUGCAUUCAUAACCUGACAGACAGAGUCAGGCUGUUUUUCAGACAAGUAAAUCAAGAUAUAGCCUAUCACCGGAUGUCAACUUAACUUUGUGACUUGGGGCAGUUUGUGGAGACAAAGUGCUGGUCCCACUCCAGUGAUGUCUUCACCGUGGUGGGAGACCCUGCUGAUCUCAAAUGGCAACUCUACCUUUGGCUUCCUGGAUAAUAGCAGCUGCUUCAACUCCAACCAGAGCACCGUCCUCGCAGGCCUUAACUUUGGAGGAGUGCCGCUUGUCUUGCUUCUUGACUUCUGUGUCUUUAUUGUGUUGCUGAUCCUCUUCUCAAUCAUCAGGGAGAAGUUCUGGGAUUAUGGUCGUCUAGCUCUGGUUGCAGAUAGUGAAGGGUUCAAUGAGUCAACACAUCGGCGCUAUGGACGUAUGCCAUCCAUUAUGUGCAAUCCAGAGGACCCUGAAUAUGAAUCGGGGUUCUGCUCUUGGCUUCCUUACAUCGUCAGAAUGGAUGAUGAAAAGAUAAAGGAGAGAUGUGGCAUGGAUGCUGUUCACUACCUUUCUUUCCAGCGUCAUCUGAUUAUCCUGUUAGUGGUCAUCACUCUCACCUCCCUCGCGAUCAUACUGCCUGUCAAUAUGACUGGAGACCUGCUGAGAAAUGAUCCUCAGAGUUUUGGAAGGACGACUAUUGGGAAUCUUAAAACUGAGAACAAUCUGUUAUGGCUGCACACAGUGUUUGCGGUUCUCUACCUGAUUUUCACAGUUGUCCUGCUGCGACGUCAUACUUCACAAAUGAAAGGCAUGCGCAAAGAAACGGCCAGAAACACCUUGUUUGUGUGUUCAGUCCCUAAAACAGCAACAGAGGAAGAUGUAACAACCCACUUCACUGAGGCAUAUCCUUCCUGCCAAGUGUGUGCUGUGACGUUGUGCUAUGAUGUGGCCAAACUCAUGCACCUUGAUAAAGAAAGGGUGCGAGCUGGAAAAAACCUGUUCUACUAUGAGCGCGUACUAGAAAAAAGAGGAAAACGGGAGCUGUUCAACCCUCGUUUUUGUGGCCACAUCUGUUGUUGCCCCAGCUGUGAGAAGGUUGAUGCUAUAGAAUAUUACAGUGCGAAAGAAAAAUACCUGCUGGAAGAAGUGAGACAGCAGACAGAAGAAGUGCCACAGCACCCUCUGGGGAUUGCUUUUGUCACCUUACAGACAGGGGCCAUGGCCAAGUACAUUCUGAAAGACUUCAAUGCACUCAAGUGUGGUGGGACAAGCUGUGGUUGUGGGAGGGAGCCCCAACCCUCAUCCAAGAGUAAAAUUCUGAAAGUGAAUAAGUGGCGGGUCAGCUUUGCACCGCAUCCCAAAAGUGUUUAUUGGGAAAACCUGUCCGUGCGAGGUUUUUACUGGGUUUUUCGCUAUGUGAUGAUAAACUUCCUCCUUUUCUUUCUGCUCACCUUCCUGACUACUCCAACCAUCAUUAUUAACACCAUAGACAAGUUCAACGUGACUAAGCCUAUCUACUAUCUUAAUAGCCCCAUCAUCAGUCAGUUCUUCCCAACUCUCCUGCUGUGGUCCUUCUCUGCCUUGCUGCCUACAAUAGUGUACUACUCUACAUUGGGAGAAGCACACUGGAGCAGGUCCAGUGAGCAGCUGAGCAUGAUGCACAAGUUGUACUUCUUCCUUCUCUUCAUGGUACUCAUUCUUCCCUCGCUCGGACUCACCAGCCUUGCAUUGUUUUUUCGUUGGCUGUUCGAUAAGGAGUUUCUCAGUGAUGGGAAACUAAGAUUUGAGUGUGUGUUUUUGCCUGAUCAAGGGGCAUUUUUUGUCAACUAUGUGAUCGCAGCUGGCCUGGUGGGCUCUGGGAUGGAGUUGUUGCGGUUGCCAGGGUUACUUCUUUACACCAUACGUUUGUUGCUUGCUCGCUCCGCUGCUGAAAGAAAAUAUGUCAAACAGAACCAAGCAUAUGAGUGUGAAUAUGGAGCGAUGUAUGGCUGGACUCUCUGUGUGUUUACUGUCAUUAUGGCAUACAGCAUCAUUUGCCCUAUAAUUGUGCCUUUUGGUCUCCUUUAUAUGUUGCUCAAGCACCUGGUAGACAGACACAAUCUCUACUUUGCUUACCUGCCUACUCGCCUUGACCACAAGGUCCACCAGGGAGCUGUCAAUCAAGCUCUGGCUGCACCAAUCAUCUGCUUGAUAUGGCUUUACUUCUUCUCUGUUCUCAGAGCAGGGUUUUGGAUUUCCACUUCUCUAUUCACCUUGGUGGUCCUGUGUAUCACAGUUUUCAUCUGUAUCAGCUGCACCUGCUUUGGCCACUUUAAGUACCUCAGUCCACAUAACUAUGCGGUCAAAGAGGAGGACACGGAUACAGUAGAGGGAGUGGAAGAAAACACUAGGGUUUACCUGCCCAGAGUGCUUAAUUCCAAAUCUCCUGCCAGUACCCCACAGGGAUCUAAAUAUCAGCGCUUUUAUGGCUCUACUGAGGAUAGCCCAGUGUGCAGCUUUAGCCCAGUGGAGAACAGCACAUCAGAUGCUUGACGUAAUGUAUUUCAAUGCUUGGAAGUCAAGGUGGCUUUGACCUUUGAUUGUAAAUCUGCUUCCUUCUCAAGUAAGAACAUGGAGUGUCCCAGCGAAUCCUAGUGGAUAAAGGUUGAUAUGAGAUAAGAAUUAAAGGUUAUGAUGAAAACAGUGCUAAUUUAAAAAAUGAGUUCUUAUUUUGAGUUUUGUUUUCUAUUUGAAUAACUACUUUGCACCUGUGCAGUAUAGAAAGCAAAAUUGUUUUGUGACCUCUCUGAUAAGGACCAAUUCACCAUGGGACAUUUUACCAAAACCUGCCAUUCCAAUCAAGCCAUUAUGUUGAUAAAUUAUUCAUUUCUUGCUCAUGCUGGAUAAUUAAACCUGUACCACAGAUACCAAAGAGAUGGACAAUCACAGACUGGUGUUUGUUCAUUGUUUAGGUGGGUUUAGACUUCUCCACAGGGUUUUUUUUAAUACCAUAACAUCUGUCAAAGAAGUAGUUUAUUAUGUACUUUUAUAUCUUUCUUGUUUUAUAAGGCUGAACAAUAAUGCUGUACUAUUAAUGAAUGUGUGUUUUAAACAGGUCAACAGUUUUUUUUGCAUUAAAAUGUAAUUGUGUUUUGCAGCUUUUUAAAUGUCCAUUUUAUUGGAAAUAAUCUAGAAAGAAAAUUUGCUUAUUAUAAAAGUUUUAAUUGUUGCUUAUUUUAGGAGGAGCUUAACCUUUUGUAGAUUGUGAAAAAGUGUGCUAUUAUUUUCAACAUGCUGUUUUAAAAGCAAACAUGGGGAACAACUUGACUCCUAUGAGCUUGUCUUGACAUCGGGGGGCACUGUUGCACUGCAGUGAGGUCAUGUAACUUCUGAAAUAUUCAUAAAGCAGUAACAAAAAGGUCAAAUGCACAAUGUUGCAUUGAGGAUUUCUAACUUGUUCUGACAUUGGCAUGAACCAGUUUACUGGGUGACAAUUCCAGCAGCUCCACCUCCUCACCUGAUCCUUCGCUAUUGUCUCCUUUUCUGCUCCCUUUCCUUUUUCUUGCUCUCGUUCUCCUGCCCUUUUCCCCUUUCUCACCACGGUACCUGCCUCAGCUGGGAAACACCACUGUUGUCAAAUAAAAGGCUUUUAGGGUGCUACAGAGAUUAGCACAGUUGUUAAAUUUGGGUAAUGAAGUGCUACGCUAUCACAUUGAGGUUUGUAACUGCGGUGAAAGGAGAAGUUUGGACAAGGCUCAGUGUUACUCUAAUGGAAGCUCCGAGAAGCUCUUGAAACACAAAAACCAGUUCAGGAACAGUAACUGAUGAAGAGGUCUGUCAUUCCUUUAAGACAUACUAGCUCAAGAAUGUGAUUCACUUUGCAGCAUUAAUGCUCCCACAAUUGCAUGGAGUCCUUCCAUCCAGACUUCAGUACCUGUAUACCGACAAGUGAUAUACAAGAAUAAAUAAGAUUUAAAACCAACAUUCAUCCUUCAUUAAAGUGCAUGUUUAAUUUGUAGUCACAUAAAAAUAAAGACCUAUUUUAAUCUG